GUGAUUUGUCAAUGUUGUCGAUUUUUAUAUAUUGUACAAAUACAUAUGGUUACUAGUACAUAUUUAUUUAUAAUUUGAAUUCUAUUUAUAAUAAGUGUGCUAUUCUAUAAGCGGAAAAUGACUUUCAAACCCUGAACAAGUAUUCAAGUAAUCAACAUUUCGUGUCUUCUACUGUAACAAGUUCUCAGAAGACAUGCGCCGUAUGAUCUUUAUUAUGUACAUUUUUGAGAGAGAUGACGUCAGCACACCAACACAAAAUUUCGUUUUCUAAAUAUCACGGACACGGGAAUGACUUCAUAUUAUUGGACAAUACACCAGAAGUAUUAUUGCUUUCUAGAGAGAUACGACAUUUGAUGUGUGACCGGAAAUACGGAAUUGGUGCAGAUGGCAUAGUCAUUCUUAAGAGAUGUGUGGACCACUCCUUUGUUAUUGAUUAUUACAAUGCUGAUGGGAACCCUGGUUCUCUUUGUGGUAAUGGCAGUCGUUGCGGUUUAGCUUUUGCACGAAAAUUGGGACUUUUCGGUACCGUCUGUGAUUUCGUAGCAUAUGAUGGUUUACACAUUGGAAGAUAUAUUCAGGAUAAUGGUACCUAUGCUGUAAGCUUUGGCAAUAAAUACUUCCAUGAUAUUGAAACAAUAGAUGACCAGAACUUUUUUGUUAAUACUGGAUCGCCUCAUCACGUGCGAUAUGUUAAUGAUUUAAACAAAUAUGACGUCAUAAAUGAAGGAAAGGAACUUCGUUACGGGAAAUAUGGUGAUACGAAUGGUUCAAAUGUUAAUUUUGUUGAAAAGAAAUCUGACGGAAAUCUUUUCGUUAGGACAUACGAGAGGGGUGUUGAUGGUGAAACCGAGGCUUGUGGUACUGGGGCAGUUGCUGUUGCCUUGGUUACGAAGUUUCGUCAUUUACAAGAUGGAGGAAAGGACACAUGCCUGGAACUAAAAACGUCAUGUGAUAUUUAUAUGGGAAGAGGGAAAUUAAUUGUCGUUUUUGACAUUACCGAAAAUUCAUUCACCAAUAUUGAAUUAAUCGGAAGUGCUUGUCACGUGUUUGAUGGGAUUUAUUAUCUCAAUACAGAAUAACAACGAGUACAAUUUUAGUAUCCCUUUUCUAUAGACGACUUUCGAAUUCGUGCACUUUCCCUUAAAUUUCCUAUGUCACAAUGCUUAUGUUUUUAUGUCACAGUAAGAACCGAGUGUUCGAUGACGUUGUUUUCGCCGAUUGAACCUUUUUAUGCUUA